CAAAUCCUUGCAGGUUCCCACUUGUAUAUUUUAAAUGUAAUCCAUUCCAUUAAUAGGACAGUAAAUAAUGGCUGCCUUGAUCCAAUACAACUUAUACCAUAUCCUUAAAAACAGCCUGAACAAAUUCAGCUAACCCACAUGGGGUAGAACUUACAUUCACUCAAAGUGUUCCAAAGGGAAAUCAAGAUACCUUUAUAUCUCUUUUACCUGCAUACCUAUCUAUAUUCCCAAUCUGAGUGUAUAAAAACAUGCUAAAAACAGUGGAUUUUCACUUUUUAAUGUAGAACAUUAUAUAUACCCCACCUUUCUCCCAAUGAGUGUCACUCAAGGCAUAAGAUAACAAACACCAAAAAAAUCUAUUAUAUAAUUAACACACAUAACGAAAAACAUAUCAUUAUAAUUUAUUAAAGUACUCUGCUCUCUUCUGCCCCUCACCGCCUUUUGAAAAAAAAUACAACUUUACAAAUACUUUCCUUGAGUAGUUCUUCACUGUUUAAGAAGUAUACACCUUUAAUUUCUAGUUUCAUUUACGUCAACCGGCUCAUUUGAAAACCACAAUAUUUUUUUCUCUCAUACAACACAAGCUAAGAAGACAGCUAGAAAAAUGGCAUAACCAAAGUGUCGGAGAGGAAAAAGAAGCACGUCAUUGGGCAAUGAGUGGACGAUAAUAGAUCUAGAUGAUUUGUUCAGCACUUCAGAUACUCCAGCAGCUGAUAAGCUACCUCAAACCUGAGUUUGGCCUUUAGCCUGCGACGCCGUGUGGGCUGGGUUUGGAAGGACCAGCAGCAUCCCAGGACAUUCCAGUGGCCCAUUAUCAGUUUAAACUGGCAGGACGGAUUGUUCUGUUCUUUCAGACCAACACAUAUAUUCUGUCUGUUCCAUAAGAUUCCUAAGAUGCCCUUCCGCAACGUUUCAACCUGCACUGUUUAUCGUGACAUGGUGCCCUUUACCUAUUUUUAUUACUUGAUUUUCCUUACCGGGUUCAUUGGGAGCUGCUUUGCGCUUUGGACCUUCAUCUACAAAGAGCAGAAUCGCAAGUGCAUGAGCAUCUAUUUAAUUAACCUCCUCACGGCCGAUUUUUUGUUGACCCUAGCCUUGCCAGUAAAAAUCAUCAUCGAUUUAGGAAUUGCUCCUUGGAGACUGAAAAUAUUCCACUGUCAAGUCACAGCUUGCCUCAUUUAUAUCAACAUGUAUGCAUCUAUCAUCUUCUUGGCAUUUGUAAGCAUGGACCGUUGCCUUCAAUUAAUACACAGAUGCAAGAUCUACCGUAUUCAAGAGCCUGGGUUUGCCAAGAUGAUAUCAGCAGUAGUAUGGAUAAUGGUUCUCUUUAUCAUGACACCAAAUAUGAUGAUUCCAAUCAAAGAAAUUCAAGAAGUGCCAACUGUGGGUUGUAUCGAUUUCAAAACCAAACUGGGAAGAGACUGGCAUGUAUUUACAAAUUUCUUAUGUUCUGCAAUAUUUCUAAAUUUCUCAGCCGUGGUGCUGAUUUCCAACUUCCUUGUAGUCAGACUGCUCUAUCAAAACAAAUACAGUGAAAACUUCAGAAAUGUAAGGAAAGCUUUGGUGAACAUACUGUUGGUCACUGCGAGCUACAUUAUCUGCUUUGUCCCUUACCACAUCGUUCGCAUCCCAUAUACUCUGACUCAAAGCAAAGCUAUAACCACUGACUGCUAUUUGAAACAAUCACUCUUCAAAGCAAAAGAAUCAACCCUCCUGUUCGGAGUGUUGAACCUGUGCUUUGAUCCUAUUUUGUAUUUUUAUCUUUCAAAGACAUUUAGACUGCAAGUGAGCAAGACUAUUGGAUCACAAAAACUGAAAAAUAAUCUCUCAGAAGAACAGCAAGGAGUGCAAGAAGAAUUGGCACAGCACUGUGAUGUUUCAGAUGAGAGGCCAUAGGCCUUUCCACAUGCUCAGUUUAUUGCACAUUAAAAAUGUAUUUCUUCCUCA